CAUCAAAUCUUAAUAUGAGUAGCAUUAAAAAUAUAGAUCACUUUGUUAAUAAAAUAAGUGAUGUUGAAAGUGAUAUUGAAAGUGAUAUUAAAAAUGAUAUUGAAAGCAAUAUUGAAAGUGAUAUUGAAAGCAAUAUUGAAAAUAAUGCUAAUAACGAUAUUAAAA